GCAGGUGAAAUCACGCCGAGGCCAUGAGCGCUGAAAUUGUGGAAUUGUGGACACCUGGUUGCAGCGACCAACCUCCGUUGAUCUAAAAAAAAACAAACAAACAAAAAAAAAAAACCAGUUUGGAAACAAAUGGUUAUGAGUCAAAUGUAUAUUUUGUUCAAAAUUAUUUCACCGAGAAUACAAAAUGUGUGUGCAAGUUCUUUAGCCUAAUGAAUUCAGUUUGGUCUCAGGCUAACAAAAUCUGCAUACAGAUGGAUGCCUAAUGGAAGUGUUUGGACAACAUUAAUGCAGGGCACAGAUGAUUUGUCGUUCCGCGAUUUCAAGGGGUAAAACUAUAUCCAUAACUUGCGAUGUCUUCUGAAGGUACGAGAAAGGUCGUUUUCUUUUUAUGCACUGUAAGCUUUACUCUUUGUGUUCUACGGACUUGUGGUUCUACAAAAGCAACAAUACAACCCGUUUCGCAUGGUUUUAACACGUACCCGCAAAGUGGGAACUUCAACGAAACUGCAACGGAAGGUGAGGACUCGGGCAAAGAGGUCCGCUUUAGAUCGCUUGUGCUUGGACGCAAUCUUCAAACAAAGUACAGACGUUAUGGUGGAAUUAAAGUAGACGGACUGCGAGGAAACAGUCUGCCUCCCCAGACUUCUUUACCGAACAUUACCUAUUCUGAAUUGCUGAAAUCCCAGAACAAUUCAAACCGAAUUAACGAACUCUCGGAAUCAUCCAAGCUCGCCAGCGAGAGCCGAGACUCUCAAAAAAACGAUCGUGUCAGUAGAGUGGACUCUCAACCCAAAUCUGACACACGGAGUCUUAAUAGAGAUGGAGAGAAUUACCGCAAUCUCUCACGAAAUUCAAAUUGGAACGAUGACACUAGUGCCGUCAAGUCUAAAAUGGAACCUCUGAACAAUGACAGUGGAUACCAGUCUGACACGUCAGGACAAGCAGGAUUGAUGGGCAACUUGUUGGCUUUAGCUGAUAGCGGUGGACUACCCACGGUUAACAUCCUUCAAGCAGCUGAGUCAAAGCCACUCAUACUAUGUGGGACUGACGCAAUGACAUUGGUGGCAAAUAAAAACGAAUAUGACUAUUUGAAAGUGGAAGGAGUGAAUGAUGCGCCCCUUUACCUGUCCCAGCUGCCCUCUUCCUGUGGACACACUUUUGAAAGGAUGUCACAUCAUAUAGUCUUAAAGACACCCUAUGAUGGAUGUUUCAUCACAAGAAAGGGUGAUAAGUACAUCAUGCCAUUGCUGUGGUGGGAGAGCCCUGUGAACAUAUCCUGUCCUGUCACAACUCCCUUUCCUCUUCCUCCUCUGCCUUUCCCCCCUCUUCACCUCUUUCACCCUCCUGCCAUUUGCACCCCUUUUGGAAUGAAUAUCAACAUUGAAGGAGGACUGAAUGCAGCCGCGAGGCUCAACGUUGAGUUGCAGGGCAAGAGGGUGCCUUUUUUAUCGUCACAAUGUGGCUACCAUGUAAUUGGUAACCCAGCACAACCGAUCAUACACGUUCCAUAUAGAGCAUGUGGGAUGAAAAUGAUGGCUGGAAUGCAAGUCCUCUCCUUAUUUUCUGGAAAGACUGAGAAGAUCUUUACUUGUCAUCUAUACCCCACCUCCACUCCUUCAUUCUAUCAUUCUGUUGUACCAAUUCAUGGCUAUUCCAGCCCUCCUGUUGUUCACCAGGUUCCCCCUCUUAAAGUCCCCAUCUAUCCAUCUGUACCUGACCCCUUCAACUAUGAACAGAGCUUAUAUACUUAUCCACAGGCAGUCCUGUCUGUUAAAUCAUGGCCUGCUCCCACUAAGCGUACUCCUGUCCCUCCUGGUUACCAUCCGUAUGGCUCUGUGAACCCCAACAUUCACCUACAUCCUUCUGCUGGUGGCUCUUCUCUUCCUGGUUUCAUCCCUCCUUUUGAUUCAGCCUUGCACAUGCAACAAACAGCUUUUCCGGUUUGCACCCCUUCAGGGCCCAUACCUUGCAUUUUUCCUUUUCCGUUCCAUCACCAUCGUGACCCACUCUCUCCUCCUCCUAACCACCAUCACAAUCCAUUCUCUCCUCCUCCUCCUCAUCACCAUCAUGAUCCAUUCUCUCCUCCUCCUCCUCAUCACCAUCAUGAUCCAUUCUCUCCUCCUCCUCCUCAUUACCAUCAUGAUCCAUUCUCUUCUCCUCCUCCUCCUCAUUACCAUCAUGAUCCAUUCUCUUCUCCUCCUCCUCAUCACCAUCAUGAUCCAUUCUCUUCUCCUCCUCCUCAUUACCAUCAUGAUCCAUUCUCUUCUCCUCCUCCUCCUCCUCAUUACCAUCAUGAUCCAUUCUCUCCUCCUCCUCCUCAUUACCAUCAUGAUCCAUUCACUUCUCCUCCUCCUCAUCACCAUCAUGAUCCAUUCUCUCCUCCUCCUCCUCCUCAUUACCAUCAUGAUCUACUGUCUCCUCAUCACCAUCAUGAUCCACUGUCCCCUCUUCCUCCUCACCAGCAUGACCCACUGUCUCCUCCUCCUCAUCACCAUCAUGAUCCAUUCUCUUCUCCUCCUCCUCAUCACCAUCAUGACCCACUGUCUCCUCCUCCUCCUCCUCAUCUUCAUUAUGAUCCAUUCUCUCUUCCUCCUCGCCAUCAUGAUCCACUGUCUCCUCCUCCUCUUCUCCGUUAUGAUCCAUUCUCUCGUCCUCAUCACCGUCAUGAUCCUCUCUCCCCCAUUGUUACUACUUCCCCAUUCCGUUUUCUUUCUUUUCCUACCUCCCCCACUCUAUCACCACCUUUCCUAAGCUGCAACACAAGUCACAUGAAAAUCAGGCUAUCUUCUGCUGUCCCGGGUACUGUUAAAAUCAGAGGUCCCGAUAAUGCAUGGUGGCCAAUUACCAGUGUUACUGGCUGUUCUUUCAGCAUAGAAGAAAUGGGUGUUAAAGGAGUGAGCAUUUUCUUGUCUCUUCGCCCCUGUCAUGCAUACACUGUGAGUCCGACUAAGAUAACCUUACCCAUCAAGUUUGCUGAUGCUGAUUUGAGGCGACUUCGGAUUUUGGAGUUGCAGUGCCCCUAUUACUCGCCCACCUCCACCUUACCCACCACACACCCGGGCCAGACUCCUCAACUUAAGGUCUUCUGCUCUGACCAUUCUAUGAGUGUGGACCUGCCCUCAGGUCCCCAGUAUGCCCUGAUGCUUCAGGGUACAGAGAGCGGACAGAGUAGUGGCCACAGGCAUUGUGGAUAUACCAUGAAUGAGGGAGAGAACGGUAGAAUCGUGCUGAGUGUCCCCUUCACUUCUUGUUACAUGUCUGGGCAGGGUAACAAGCGGAACAUUUUCCUAAAGUAUCAGACACUGAGUGGGCAAGAAGGAGAGGUUCCUUUAUCAUGUACAAUUACUCCACCAAUUAAAAAACAAGGGUGUGAGAUCAGCGAUGAUCUGCGCCUCCUGUGUGGGCACGGCCCAGUUUCUCCUGCUGAAUGUCAGACUCUGGGCUGCUGUUACUGCUCGCGUACUCAUGCCUGCUACUACCCUCUGGACGAGUGCACACCUGACCGUCACAUGAUCUUCAUUGUGCCUGCCUCUCUCACGGACCCGCCCCUGUCCACCUCCUCGCUGUUCACGCCUGGCAAGAAUACCUGCUUCCCCCAAAAGGUCACCUCCAGCUUUGCUCUGUUCAAGAUCCCACUGGAUGGUUGUGGGGUGCAUAAAUAUGAGGUCGGACACACUAAAAUCUACAUGGUGGAGAUCCUCAAUAGCCUCUAUGCCAUCAGCCUCAACUAUGGUACCAUCACCAGAGACUCUCCAGUCAGGCUGAUAGUGGAGUGCAGGCACAGUCCUAGCGCUCAUGUGAGUGUGGCCUACCUGGUGAAAACGCCCUCUCUAGGGCCCGCCAUUCAGGCCCAGGGGGUGUUUGGCGUGCAGCUGAGGAUUGCUAAAGACGGGAGUUACACAGAUUAUUACCCCCAGUACCACCUUCCGCUCAGCCGUCUUCUUCAGCAUCCGCUGUACUUGGAGGUGCGUCUGCUCAACCCCCCGGAUGACAACACGGUGCUGCUGGUGCAUUACUGCUUGGCCUACCCCCGCUCAGCACAGGCUGCUUGGGUGCUGAACUAUGAUGGUUGCCCGAACCAACUGGACCCCACUGGUCACCUUCCCACCUCUUCCCCAUCCCCACUGAGCCACACCAGGAGAUUCACCAUCAGAACAUUCCAGUUUCUCUCUUCUGACUUGUCCUACUCAGAUGAGGAGAUCUACUUCAUGUGUUCAACGGAGGUCUGUUCUCAAUCUGAUGGCCCCUGUGUUGAAGGCUGCUUUCAUUUUCCCUCAGCUGGUAAAUGAGAAAAGGACCAUUCUCGCUGGAGAUCCAGAUGGCUCAAAAAGACUUACCAACAAUAAAAUUACUCAGAAAUGACA